GGCAACCCUAAUGGCAGCAGAUGCAUUUGGCAACACUGUUCGAUCAAUUGGGACGAAAAAUGUUUACAAAAUGCAUUAAUUGUUGUGCUCCAAUAAUUAUUUGUGUAAUAUUUACAUGCCUUUUGGUCGAAAACUGUGUCGCCCUGAAACGCACGCUGCGCCACUACGAGGUUUUCCACAGAGAUGAUGUUGUACAUCGGAUUGUCAAGAGGGGCGUUAGGCAGAGCAAUAAUCCAUACAACACCAUCAAGGAGCUGGAGUUCAAAACACUUGGCAAAAACUUUCGCGUGAUUUUACAUCCACAUCGCGAUGUGCUCCACAGCAAAUUUCGUGCGUACGCCGUGGACGCCGAUGGAAAUGAAACUGUUGUCCACUUGGAUCACGACAACUUUUAUACGGGUCGCGUCUUUGGCGAGUUGGAAUCGUCGGUGCGUGCACAUAUCGAGGAUGGCACAUUGACCAUGUCCAUUGAACUGCCCCAAGAAACCUACCACAUAGAGCCUUCCUGGCGCCACUUGCCGACAGCCAAAAAGCAUACAAUGGUCGCCUACAAAUCUUCCGAUGUCAAACUCAAUCACGCCGAACACGGUUCGGUGCCCAAGACUUGCGGCUAUAUCAAAGAGGGCCGCGAGCUAGAAGCCAAGGAUGAGUUAAUCGUGCGGGACAAGCGUCAAGCGGAUCAGUACGAGUACACGCCCACCAAAACGCGCUGCCCAUUGCUACUGGUGGCCGACUAUCGUUUCUUUCAGGAAAUGGGCGGUGGCAACACAAAGACAACCAUCAAUUACCUAAUAAGCCUUAUAGAUCGUGUGCAUAAAAUCUAUAAUGAUACAGUAUGGCAGGAUCGGUCCGACCAGGAGGGCUUCAAGGGCAUGGGCUUUGUGAUUAAGAAAAUCGUUGUACACUCGGAGCCGACACGUUUGCGCGGCGGCGAGGCCCACUACAAUAUGAUACGCGAAAAAUGGGAUGUGCGCAAUCUGCUUGAGGUCUUCUCACGGGAAUACAGCCAUAAAGACUUUUGCUUAGCUCAUCUCUUUACCGAUCUCAAAUUCGAAGGUGGCAUUUUAGGCUUGGCUUACGUUGGCUCCCCACGCCGCAAUUCUGUGGGUGGCAUCUGUACACCAGAAUACUUCAAAAAUGGCUAUACACUCUACCUGAACUCGGGCCUGAGCAGCUCGCGCAAUCAUUACGGCCAGCGUGUGAUAACGCGCGAGGCCGAUCUGGUGACUGCCCAUGAAUUUGGACACAAUUGGGGCUCUGAGCAUGAUCCCGAUAUACCCGAGUGCUCACCUAGUGCCUCACAAGGUGGCAGUUUUCUAAUGUACACCUAUUCCGUAAGCGGUUACGAUGUGAACAACAAGAAAUUUUCGCCCUGCUCCUUGCGUUCAAUACGCAAAGUACUGCAGGCCAAGUCUGGCCGCUGCUUCUCGGAGCCUGAGGAAUCCUUCUGUGGCAAUUUACGUGUUGAAGGCGACGAGCAGUGCGAUGCCGGCCUGCUAGGCACCGAGGACAACGACUCGUGCUGCGACAAGAACUGCAAGCUGCGCCGCAAUCAGGGCGCCAUGUGCAGCGACAAGAAUUCGCCGUGCUGCCAGAACUGCCAGUUCAUGCCGGCGGCAAUGAAGUGCCGCGAAGCGCAGUAUGCCACCUGUGAGCAGGAGGCGCGCUGCACGGGCUCGCAUGCCGAGUGCCCCAAAUCCCCGGCAAUGGCCGAUGGUACCAUUUGCCAGGAGCGCGGCCAGUGUCGCAAUGGCAAAUGUGUGCCCUACUGCGAGACGCAGGGACUCCAGAGCUGCAUGUGCGACAUCAUAGCCGAUGCCUGCAAGCGCUGCUGCCGCAUGAGCAUCAACGAGACAUGCUUCCCGGUGGAGCCGCCCGAUGUGCUGCCCGACGGCACACCCUGCAUAACAGGCUUCUGCAACAAGGGCGUGUGCGAGAAGACAAUACAGGAUGUCGUCGAGCGUUUUUGGGACAUUAUCGAGGAGAUAAAUGUUGCCAAAACAUUGCGCUUUCUCAAGGACAACAUUGUCAUGGCCGUUGUGAUGGUGACCGCCGUCUUCUGGAUACCCGUCAGCUGCGCCAUCUCAUAUUUUGAUCGCAAGAAGCUGCGCCUUGAAAUGAAACAAAUCGAGUGGAGUCACAAACUCGACCUCAUACAUCCCAGUGACGACAGGCGUCGUGUUAUACACAUACGUGUACCACGGCAGAAGAUCUCAGUGGCGCGUGCUUGUAAUUAGCAUAUAAAAACCGGGUGGCGGCCAUUGUUUAAUCUUCCGUGAGCAUUCUUCUCAAAACUGCCACAAUUAUUUGAUAUUAAGUAUAACAUUUAAUAAUACAUAAUGAAUAAAAUUCCCGAUAAUAUAGACCAAUUCAAA